AUGAUAUGUGGAUCUGGCGAAUGCGCUCCGACCCUCGCUCCUUGGAAACCACCGAGUGAAGUCACCACAAUAGAAACCUCACAACACCAUCCUGACAUACAAAGCCAUUCCAUAUACGACAUCAACGACAUAGUGCAUUUCGAAGACAACGACAUUGUCAUGAGAGACGCGAAGAAUUACCAAGACCACAACAAACUAGAAAAUUCAAUUGAUCCACUUGGCAGUUAUGGUGCAUCGAAAAUAGACAGUGGAUUAAAUGUGGGCGAUGACGACGAAAAGGCUGGGAAACGGGAAGACAAAGAUGCUUGCGAAUGUCAGCAUGGCGGUGGGUGUGUGAAUAAAGUGUGCUUAUGCCCGCUGGGAUACGCUGGGGACAAAUGCGAAAUAACGCUUGAUUUGAAGGUGCCGCGGUUCAACGGUUCAUCGUAUCUCCGUUUGCCCGGGCUGGGCAACUCGGCGCUGUUCUGGCUCGAUGUGCAGUUAGUGUUGUUCGGCAACAAAUUUGAAAGCGUCUACGCGUCGCUUAAGGGGCCGUUCAAGCGACUUUUCUCGGUGCACCUUCGCGACUAUUUCCUGGAGUUCGCCUUCGACCUUGGAUCUGGAGUGGCCAUCGUUAGGUCGUCGCAUCAAUUGCGCCCGAAUACGUGGUACAGCGUGUCGGUAAGCAGGUGGGAUCGGCGCGCGACGUUGCGCGUGCGCACGCAGCAGGCUGGAGGUGGCGGUGACGCUGGCGGCGCGUGGUGGUGGUCGCGCACGUGGUCCCGCGGCGCGGCGCGGUCGCUGUCGCUGCGCCAGCCCGUGCUGCUGGGCGGCGCGCCGCGCCCGCUGCCGCCGCGCCUCGCGCUACACUCCUCCUUCAGCGGCUGCAUCGGACAGUUGGUGAUAAAUGACGAGGAGCUGUCGGUGGUGUCGUCGGCGCUGGGCGGCCUCAACGUGGACAACUGCGCCGAGCCCGCCAACCACUCCUGCGACGGCAACUUGUGCAAAGAGAGCAUCCAACCAUUCCCGGAAUAUGCGCAAAAUUUAACUGAAAACGACGUCCAUCACUCGAUAGUAGCGAAAAAGGGUAUAAAAAGUAAAUACCACAAGAAAAUGAAGAAGCAUGCGCACGCGCACACACGCACCGAGAGAAAGAAAUUUAAGUACCAACAUCACAACGAAGUGAAUGCGAGAGGCACAGACAGUCCGCACGGACGGACGUACAUGCAAAUGAAGUACGCCAACACGAACGAGAUCAAUUGGGGCGAUACCAACACUUACCCCAGCUUCAGCGGGACUGACAGCUUCAUACACAUUGACGACGAUGAGACUGUCAAAAGGUUGGUGAGCUACUCGCUGGACAUCAACAUCCGUUUCCGCAGCGUGUCGCCGCACGGGCUGGUGGUGUGGAGCGGCCGCUCGGCGCGCGCGCCGCCCAACGACUUCCUCUCGCUCGCCGUCGAGCGCGGCGUGCUCGUGUUCAGAUACGACCUGGGUAGCGGCGAGGUAGUGAUCAUCGCGAACCACACGCGAGUAGACGACGGGCUGUGGCACCGCGCCCGCGCCACCAGGAACCGUCAGGCGGGCGUGCUGGAGGUGGACGGACUCGGCUCCGUCGGCAAGGUCUCGCCUGGCAAGCACAAGCAGCUCAACACAGAGAACGGACUGUACAUUGGCGGUCUGCCAUCAAUAGAGCUCACCACGAUGGGUAAGUACAAGAGCGGGCUGGUGGGAUGCGUGUCGCAGAUAUCGCUGAGCGGCGACUUCGACAUCCCCCUGUCGCUGUCCAAGCUGCCCCACACCAUCACCAACAACGUCGGCCGCUGCACGCCCUGAACAACAAAUGAACCGCGCCCGUUCAUUCAAACCCAUCGCUACUGCGUUACAUUCAAAUGUAUCGCAAUCCGCUCGGUCACUAAAAUGAACCGCCGAGCGGUAACAGUUCAUGCGUAUCGUCAAGCGCGGCUCGAUACAAAUGAACGUUAGAUGUGUUUCCCUGUUUGUUUAUUAAUAAGUUUAUACUUAAUUUAUUGUUUUCGUGUUUCAAGUUUUUGGUAAUACAUGUCGUGUGUUCCCAAAAAUUUGUGAUGAACAUAAUAGUUAAGUUGUGAGUGAGUCCGUACAAACAUAUCAGACGCGUCAGGUGACUGGCGACGGAGGGCGGCCGCCAUCUCUACACACUCGCAAUUUCGAGGUUUAGCGACGACCAGGCGGGAGAUGUCAAUGAACAAUGUUUUCUAGUCAAAUUAAUAUAUAAACGGUACAAUGUUUCAAUGUAUAGUGCAACGGUUACUCAACUUUUUCUAUACUAAUAGAAUUUCUACUGACGAGGGGUGAUUAACUGUCGACCCCAAAAUUAUGCUGGCCUUGGCACCGGAUAUACACAGGCUGAUCCCAGAACGGGACACACUUACGGGGACGACUGAGGCGGGUUUUAACACCUUGUGUACGGUGUACCACCAGGAAACUAUAAAGUAAUACCAAUUUCAAAUGAUAUUAAGCAUAAGCAAAUACCACAAAAGUUAUAUAACUUUUGUGUUUGUUUACUCAACAAUUUCCCGAAUAAUUCACUCGAAAUCUGUCAUACCUCCAUUUUAAAAAUCCACUUUAUAACCAAUGUCUUUUCCGCUUCUUUUACAAAAAAAAUGUCCUGUUAUAUUUAUAAUGUAAACACCAGAGUUCAUUGAUAUCCCGCGCCGGGUCCAUUAAAUAUUCUAGUCAAUUUAGCAUAAGAGGAACUGAAGUAAUACUCGAUUGUAUGUUUUUUCUGUUGAUCUGUCUCCUGUACAAUGGUGUAACGUUUCAAAGUGCUUUACUAUCUAGUAGAUACGAGAGGAUACCUAUUUGUAAUGUUAAACUAUAGACGUACGUGUGUUUUGCACAUAAUGACUAUAUCGGUUCUGUUUUACUUUAAAUGUGUAUACGCAGUGGCCAUGUUGUGGACUUUCGCAUUCGCUUUUGCGUCAGGUUAGAAUACAUUUGCGAAAAUGUUAAAUUGUUUAUGUUUCGAAUGUCUUACUUUUGAAUUUUAAAUAUAGAACAAAAGAAAUAAUAAUGUUAAUUUAUAAAUUCUCAAAUUGUUGACAUUCCAAUUUUAAAUAUUUAAAAUGAAUUCGUUUUCGCAUACGCACUCGCACCCGUCCGCAACGUGGGCACAGCUCGGCGAACACGAAUUGUUACGUGAACGUGUUUUAUAUGAUAGCGGUGUAAGUACACGACACAUAGCGUUUGUAUACAGUGAGGUUUUACGAUGCGCUACUCCAGCCACUGGCGCGAGUAGCGCUAGCGUUUGAUACUACGAGCUUUUGUAACAGCGCCAUCUGUGAAACGUGGUCGGAAUUACAUAUAAUAUGUUGAUAGAAUAGUUGGAGGAAAAGGGCUUUUGUUUCUAAUUUAAUAAUUACAGAAAUUGUUAGUUAUAAUUCAAAAAAAUAUCUGAUUCAGAUAUUAAUUAACAAGUUAGUGCAAUUAUAGUUAAUCAUAACAAAAUAUUAACGAUUAUGCAAAGAAUUUGGAAACCAUUAAAUAUAAAUAUGUUAAAAUUGACAAACAUUGACCAUAUUUGUAUUAUUAAUCCUAAACAAAGAAA